AUGGACACCCUCAAAAACGCAACCGGCAUGGCCCAACCAACCGAGGAGCAGAAGAAGGCAGCAUACAACGAGUUGCCCGAAGAACAGAAGAAGAAACAAACAUACUCGGAAUGGGCGGCACAAGUCUACGCCGUACAAUACGAACGCUGGAUGCCGUGGAUCGAAGACCAAUACCUCCGCUGGUUCGGCAAAGGCGACAACAAAGCGAGUUACGCUACCAAAGACACCCUCGCAAAAUCCAAAAUCACCGGCAUAAAACAAGUCGACCAAGUGCAAGACGACGUGCACAACCUGAUCGGGAAUCAACUCGGCGAAAACGGGUUCCUGGCGCCGGUUGGGAAUAUGGUGUCGAAAGAGGGGAUUAACCGGUCGGAGCGCGGCGGGAAGGAGGAGGAUGGGAGUUAUGGGGUGGCGGGGCAGAUUGGGGAGGGUGCGAAGAGUGCGGGGGGGAGUGUGGUGGGGGGUGCGAAGGGGGUGGGUGAGGGGAUUGGGAAUGGGGUUGGGAAUGGGGUGAAGGGUUUGGGAGGGGCUUUGGGGUUUGGUGGGAAGUAG